AUGGUGUUGGCCCUGCAAGAACAGAAGCGCAAAUUGCUAGACACACUCCCUGGAACGUUGGCGGCUGAAAGCCCCGUGGCGCUGGCUCUUUCCGUCUUCCUCAGGGGCUCCGCGUCCGUGGUUUUGUGGCGAUGUGGGCUCCAGGGAUGUGGGAGAAAGAGGAAGAGCCAGCAAAAGGGUAGAGAAGAAGAAAAUGGAGGAAAAGAAGAUGAGCAGGAAGAUGAUCAGGGAGAUGAUCUAGAAGAUGGUGGUGAUGCUUCCAAAGACGCCCUAGAAGGUGCUGCACACAAAACUGCCUGUGCUCUUUGUUCUACUUAG